ACUUGGACGUGACGUUGGAGUUUGCAGCACCCUCAGAGUAGGAGGCUGUGCGCGCGUGUGUGUGCGGAGUGGCUGCGCGGCCGGGAGGAUGUGCGCGGCGGGGCGGCCGCCGCAGAGAGCAGCGCGGAGACCCGAGCCGGCGGCAGCCCGGGAGGCCGGGACCGAGAGGGGCGAGCCGCUGGCGCUUCCCCGCGGAGGAGGGCCCCGGAGAGGCGCGCUCCAGCCGGCCCCAGGAUGUAGGCGAUCGGCGGCAGCGCUCCUGCAGGCGGCCGGCUCAUCAUGAAGAAGCACUCGGCCCGGGUGGCCCCGCUCAGCGCCUGCAACAGUCCGGUCCUGACCCUCACCAAAGUGGAAGGGGAGGAGCGCCCCCGGGACUCCCCGGGCCCGGCGGAGGCCCAGGCGCCGGCCGGGGCGGAGGCCGGCGGGAGAGCGAGCCGCCGCUGCUGGACGUGCUCCCGGGCGCAGCUCAAGAAGAUUUUCUGGGGCGUGGCGGUCGUGCUGUGCGUGUGCUCCUCCUGGGCGGGCUCCACGCAGCUGGCCAAGCUGACCUUCAGGAGGUUCGACGCGCCCUUCACCCUGACGUGGUUCGCCACCAACUGGAACUUUCUGUUCUUCCCGUUGUACUACGCGGGCCACGUCUGCAAGUCGGCGGAGAAGCAGUCUGUGAAGCAGAGAUACAGGGAAUGCUGUCGAUUUUUUGGAGACAAUGGCUUGACUUUGAAGGUGUUUUUUACCAAGGCAGCACCCUUUGGUGUUCUUUGGACACUCACAAACUACCUGUACUUACAUGCAAUAAAGAAAAUAAACACUACGGAUGUCUCCGUGUUGUUCUGCUGCAACAAAGCUUUUGUGUUCUUGCUCUCAUGGAUCGUUCUCAGGGACAGGUUCAUGGGAGUGAGGAUUGUAGCCGCCAUCCUCGCCAUUGCUGGCAUCGUGAUGAUGACCUAUGCUGACGGCUUCCACAGCCACUCUGUCAUCGGCAUCGCGCUGGUCGUGGGCUCCGCGUCCAUGUCUGCCCUCUACAAGGUUUUGUUCAAGCUCCUCCUGGGCAGCGCUAAGUUUGGAGAAGCCGCCUUAUUUUUGUCCAUUUUGGGCGUAUUUAACAUCCUCUUCAUCACCUGCAUUCCUGUCAUCCUCUACUUUACCAAAGUGGAGUACUGGAGCUCCUUCGGUGACAUUCCCUGGGGAAACCUUUGUGGAUUUUCAGUUCUCUUAUUGACAUUCAAUAUUGUAUUAAAUUUUGGAAUCGCCGUUACUUAUCCCACUCUGAUGUCUCUUGGAAUCGUCCUCAGUGUACCUGUGAAUGCAGUGGUCGACCACUACACCAGUCAGAUAGUCUUCAACGGGGUCCGGAUCAUUGCCAUCAUCAUCAUCGGCCUAGGGUUUCUGCUCCUGCUCCUCCCAGAAGAGUGGGACGUCUGGUUGAUCAAGCUGCUCACCCGCCUCAAAGUGAGGAAGAAGGAGGAGCCUGCGGAGGGCGGCGCAGACCUGGGCUCAGGACCUCAGAGCAAGAGCCGGAGAGCCCGCCCCUCCUUUGCGCGCUAACGGCGCUCUGGAACUCGGUGGUGACACCCUCGCUCUAGGUGGUGACACCC